AUGUCGCAGAGGAUUUCGCCAAUAUCAGUCGGUGCUACUUCACCACGGCCGAGAUUGGCGGUCAAGCGUACCCGCGACCCCCCGAGGAACCAUGAUGGAAACAUAUACUGUGACCAUCCCGAAUGCGCCGGUGAUCCUCCCAUCUUCCGUCGUCCCUGCGAGUGGAAUAAGCAUAUGGAUAAGCAUGACCGGCCUUAUAAAUGCAAUGAUCCAGACUGCGCAAAGCUGCCCGGAUUUACGUACUCUGGCGGACUGCUCCGGCAUCAGCGGGAAGUGCACAGGAUGCAUACCCAGGGAAAGAAGUUAAUGUGUCCGUACUCUGACUGCAACCGGAGCUCCGGGAAGGGUUUCACCAGACAAGAAAACCUAAAGGAACAUAUCCGUCGUCUUCACAGGUCUGAAGACCUCCCAGUCGAAAUAAACAACACCAAUCUACCACCUCUCUCUCGAACUUCCACCAGCACCAUAAUUAUUGCGGGGAUAACAGCUCCGGUCGCCACUCCGUCCGCCGUCAGUGACCCUCGUGUCCUGCCUCCCAUCUCACUACCAGUACACAACCCUCCUUCAAAACGGAAAAGAUCCUCCAUCUCCUCUUCGGUCUACGUAUCUGAAGACGAGGCUGCCCCGGAGGUGCGUGUGUUACGGGACGAGGUGUCUCAUCUACGCCGCGAACUAGAAUACAAAGGCUCCCAAAUCGACGAGCUGAAAAGAGAAAUGAGUGAACUACGACGGUUAAUUCAGGAUACGUGA